GGUUCCGGUUCCGGUGGGCCGGGCGGCGGCGGCGAUGCGGAGAGUCACGUUGUUCGUCAACGGCGGCCCGCGGGCCGGGAAGGUUGUAGCUGUGUACGGGGCUCUGUCCGAUCUGCUGUCUGUAGCCAGCAGCAAGCUGUGUAUUAAGGCAGCACACCUCUACAAUGGCAAGGGCGGUCUCAUAGAUGACAUUGCACUCAUCAGAGAUGACGAUGUACUGUAUGUGUCUGAAGGGGAGCCCUUUGUAGAUCCUGAGGCGGACGGGGAGAGGAUUGUGGACAAGUCAGCGAUGUGUACGGACUGGAUAACACUAAACGUUGGUGGGCAGUACUUCACCACCACACGGAGCACUUUAGUGAACAAGGAGCCGGAGAGCAUGCUCGCCCACAUGUUCCGGGAUAAAAUAGGUUCCUGGGGUAAUAAGAAGGAUCACCGUGGAGGCUUCCUCAUCGACCGAAGCCCAGAGUACUUCAUGCCCAUCCUCAACUACCUGCGACACGGCCAACUCAUCGUCAACAAAGGCCUCAACUUACUAGGAGUUCUCGAGGAGGCAAAGUUCUUCGGCAUAGACUCUCUCAUCGAACAGUUGGAACAAUUAAUUAAGAAUUCGUUACCAGCUGAAGACCACUCUCCCAUCUCCCGGAAGGAGUUUGUCCGAUUUCUAUUAGCAACACCAACAAAGUCGGAACUUCGAUGUCAGCAGGGUCUGAACUUCCGAGGGACCGACCUGUCCCGACUGGACCUGCGCUACAUCAACUUUAAGAUGGCCAAUCUGAGCAACUGCAACCUUAGCCACGCUAACCUGUGCAGCUCGAACCUGGAGCGGGCUGACCUGUCCGGAGCUAUCGUAGACGGUGCCAACCUGCAGGGCGUGAAGAUGCUGUGCUCCAAUGCAGAGGGAGCCUCACUGAAGGGCUGCAACUUCGAGGAUCCUUCUGGACUCAAGGCCAAUCUGGAAGGUGCCAACCUGAAGGGAGUGGACAUGGAGGGAAGUCAGAUGACGGGCAUCAACCUGCGAGUGGCCACACUGAAGAAUGCCAAGCUGAAGAACUGCAACCUGCGGGGGGCCACGCUAGCCGGGACUGACCUAGAGAAUUGUGACCUCUCCGGCUGUGACCUACAAGAGGCCAAUCUCCGUGGCUCCAAUGUGAAAGGAGCCAUCUUCGAAGAGAUGCUGACCCCCCUGCACAUGUCCCAGAGCGUGAGAUAAGUGGGAAGGAGGGGGGAGAGCGCUCUCCCUAGCCCAACCCGCCUGCCGCUGUUAAACAGCUCAACCCAGUGUUGAGCGGACUGAUGCCAAGUAUAGCUUCUCCCCGCCGCCUUUGUGCUUCAACAGGGGACCGCUCGCUCCAAACUAGAGUGGACCAGACUGUGCCUGCCUACCUACCCUGCUGCACAACAGCAACCUAGUCACUCACCCUAUGUUUCAUGGCCGGCUGCCACUGCCCUACACUCAGGUCUGUGGGGCAAAUGUUUAUAGAUAUGUAUGAAUAUAUUAGCUCACUCACACACACACUCUCUUACACACACGCACACUCACACACACACUCACUCACUCACACACUCACUCAAACGCACACACACACACUUACACACACACUCAUGGACACACG